GCCAGGCCCUUCCCGCCCUGUCCCCCCGCUUCCUCCUCGCACAAGGGGAGCGCGCGUAGGGAGUAUCAAUUUCCACUGGCAACUCGGCCUCCAGCUCCCGUUUGCAGCCGCCGGGCCAGUUGCUGCGUCCGGCCGGAAGCGUCUCCUCCCCCCCGUCACAAUGAGUUGGGAGCCAACCUGACUGCGUCCUUAGCAACCGCCCCGGCGGCGGCGCCUGAGCAUCGGCCGGAGGCCUGGGAGGCGAGUCGCUUUGGCUGGGUGCUGAGGGACGCACCUGCCUCCACUCCAGUCACACUCAGAAACCCCUUGGAAAUCACAGAAAAAUUCAUUCAGAAGUUCAAUGAUGCAACAAAUCCACAGGAUAAAGAAGACUUACUAGAACUAGCUAAGAAAAUGCUUGCCAGAUGCAAGAGAAGAUCAGGCCUUGGCACAUUAGGUUCUGGGAAGCAUGUGGAUCUUCCAGUAGCAUGGACAGAAGCAAUUAUAUUGGCUCAAUGCAAAGGUGAAAUCCAGGAAGAAGCUUUGGACAUCCUUUUAAUUUCUUUGGACCAUGCUCCCAUGAAUCCAGAGCAUGUCCCUGUUUUAUUUUUCAUCGCUGAAUCCAUUUUGUAUAGGAUUUGUUGUGAUGCGGCACAGAAAUCUUAUUUAUACUCCAGUGAAAUCAAGUUAUCAAAGGUUGGAUUUUUGGUCUUUUUAAGGCUCCUUGUUUUUCACCUGUGUGGUCACCUGGAGACUUCUGGAGAACAUACAUAUAGGCUUCAUACAGAUUUAAAAGCACUUUCAGCUUGUGAGGUCUGCUACCAUCCAUAUCCAAACAUCCUCUCGGCUGUGCAAUUUAUGCUGAAGGCUGGAGAAACCAUAUGUGGUGCUGUGGUAUUUUCUGAUGUAAGCUUGGAAGAAAGACAGAAGCAGAGUCCUCUUGGCAUGUCCUUCUUGGAUUCUGACCCAUCAGUUCAAUUAAAGCUUGAACAAAAAGAAAAUAUGAUUCAGCACUUUCUUUGGCAUAGUCUUGUUGUUUGGGUUUGUGUACACAACAACUCUUCUCGACUAGAUGAAGUGCUUCAACAUCUUCUGUUCUAUAAGGAAGAGCUCCACCAGAAAAACUGGUUGGAUUCUGUAUUAGGUUUGUUGGUCCUUGGAGAGGCUGCCAAAUUAAACUUGUCCUGCUUGAAGGUUUUAAUGGAUCUAGUGAGAGAUUUUAUUUCAAGCUCUGUGUCUCUUCAGAAGCAGAAAGACAACUGCAUGAAAAAUCUAUCAUCCUGGCACUGGGAAAUAGGCUACAUAUACACCACUGUGCUCAGAGACAUUUGUUUAAGUGGUAUUACCUCAGAUUUACAAAAGACAGCUUUUCUUGGAUUCUGUGAUUGUACAAAACCGCCUAAGCAUCCAGAAGAAUUAAGUGGAGCAAGUUUUUUUGACUUUUUGCACUACAGUCCUUCACAUGAUCCACAUGACUGUGAAGAACUAUUCUGGGUUAUUCGCUAUGGUGUUGUUUACAAUCUGGUUGUGAUGUGCAAUGAACUCUGUGGGGAUGCGAGUCGAGAAGGCUUAAGGAAUGCAGUAUGGAAAGCUUUACAGAAACAAAAGAACAAUGAAAAGGAUAGCCGAGUCCUGGAAGCCAUAAGAGUAGCUGAGGCUGAGGCAAAUGGUCCAGCAAAUCCUUUUAUUAGUUCAAGUGCAAAUGCUCCAUCAUCUCCCAGGACCUUAACCUCCUGCCAGUAUGUGGGCUGGAGAGUUGCCAGUGUACUAUCCCAGGUCUACUUACCACCCAUUGGUCCCAACGUCCCUCUGCCAAGCAAACCUAAACAGAAGCUAUCUCCUAUGCCGUAUCAGCACUUAGAGCAAUGUGAGGUGGAGAAAAAAACUGCAUGUUCUUCUCUAAGGGAAGAACUUUUGCAAGCAAGAACACCAAUUUAUCCAUAUCCAGAUAUCCUUACCCGGACAGAUAGGGAGCUAAAGAAGAUAAUUGAGGAUCAGUGGCAGAAAGAGCUGCAGAUCAGACUUAAGGAAGAGGAGGAGCUCCUGGAGAAAGAACUUCAGGAAAAACAAAGGAAGGAGGAAGAGCACUUCAGAGAAAUUAUGAAAAGGCGAGAAGAAAAGCUGCACAAGAAAACCAAACCUUAUGAGCUUCCUGUUAAACACAAAGCUGAAGAUUUGAUACAGUGAAUUAAAAGAGCCAACUGUCAGUAUUUCAGCAACCAGCACAAAUAUGGGACUGAGUUUCUAAUUUAAAUUUAAAUACUUAAAAUUAAAAGAAAAACUAGAAAAAAUAACUCUGCUCCCCAGUGACCAAUUGGUGUGUACUUGUAGAAUGACCUAGCGUGCCAGGUCUGCAGCUCUGUGACACCUGAGGAAUCCAUUCCCCUGAGGAUUUCAGCAGUCUAGGAAAAAUUCCUGGGUGUUACUGAGCUGUCGAAGCAGCUCUAUGCCAAUCACUCUCAGAGUCCUUAGCAAUGGGGGUGUUCUUGGAGUAAGAGGAAGUGGCUGGAGCACCACAGCAUCCAGUAUUCCCCAACUGCUGGAGUAGCCCUUUUAGGUCAUGGGAAGCCAGGUUUAAUGUAGAGUAGUCCUCAGGUUGCCUUUUGUUAUAAGGAGGACUUGGAUGGGCCUAGUGUCAGGGAGCCUCUGCCCCUCACAUGCCCUGAGCCGAUCGUAGCUGCUGCUAAGGCUCUAGCCCAUUAAUCUUAGAAACAUGCAAAAAGGCUCCAAUUCAGUAAAUGGGUUUAGGGAAAACCUUUUUAUAGCUUUGACUUCUUGAGGUUCAUUUGGAGUUUCUACUUUCAACAAUGAACUGAAGCUUCCAAAUUUUACCUGAUUUCAGGUCAAAAUCAUGUGAAAUCAGAGAGCUUUCUAAUGUUCUCCCUUCAGAACCAUACACUGACCAAAUAGCAACUCAUAUUUGCCACAGGAUUAGCAAAUCUUUGUGACCUUGUCCAUAGUUUGGGUUUGAAACAAAACCAGGCACAUUUUUCUGUAUUCAGGUUUCCUUAAGAAAGGUUCAUAAAGCUCCAGUUAUUUCCUAAAUGCAAGAACUUUCAUGCAUCAUCACUUUUUGCUACACUCUUUUGAGAUAAGAUAUAUCAGAAAACUAGUCAUUAAACCUGCAGCAACUAAGAGUCCCAAUUGAGUGCAAUUUUUCCAGUUAUCUUUUUUCCAAUAGUAUAAUUAGCAUUUCUUCCUAUUAAUUCUUGACUUAUGAUCACACAGCAUAUUUUAUCAUUUGUAAAUAGAAGUAGUUGGUAUUCGUUACUAAACAAUUAAAUAUGAAUUAGUCGUAAAUAAUUGAUAAGUGGCAUUUCUGAAUCAUCUCUGAAAAAGAAUGAGCAUCAACUGAGUUUUGCCUGUGUGAGCAAAUCUUAGAAUAAAACUGGCUAUAAACUUGUCAGAAUACGGGAGCAAUGAAUUGAAACAAAUUCUUCUUGAAAGUUUCUUUUUAAAAAAAAAACCCCAAGAAAUCAGCAAGAGUGGGCUAGAAUCAUAUUACUCUUGAAAUUCAGCAGAUCUCCGACUGCUGGCAGUGGGUCUCUUGGGCAUGUGGUUAUGUGAUUUGAAUGCACAGUUGUACUACUUGCAUUUGCUAAUUUGGCAUGUGAUUGCACACUUAAGUUAUUUGAAAAUCUGACCCUCAAAGUGUCAUCAUUAGGCAUCGUAGCUAAAAUAGCUGUGAUGAAAGGGAGAGUUCAUGCUUCUUUGAGCAGACAUUUCAGGUGACCAAAGACAAUGUUACAUUGAUUCAUGUUUGGAGGGGUUACUUUUGAAGACCUGUGAAAUGCACAGCUCAAGACCAGUAGGGAAACCCUACGGAUCUCAGUAUCCCCAAGAAUACCCAGUCUCUCUGAAUUGUUCCCCAAGCUUUCCCUCUCAUUCCUCUUUUUCCCGACAAUGGGUUUGAAAGGAGUCAUUCGAUCCUGCAUGCCUGCCUAACAGCUGUCCUGAGCCCCCUCCCCAAACAAAGGAAAAUUCCUUUGUGCCUAAAAUGAACCCACAGGAGUUUAUGCCGAUUGGUUCAUGACUGUAUCCAUUGAGAAAAAUCUCUGCAGGAUUAGGGAUGAAAUACCAUGGAGGAUGGUCAUCACAUUGAUCUUGCCCCUCUCACGACCAGCAUCCCCCUUCCACAGCUACAGCAGCCUGCCCUACGGCCUAAAAUCUGCAGGAUUGGUGGAAUGUGUCACAUAGCUCAUGCUUCCCCCACGUUCCCCAGCCAGAAUCUAUCAGCUUUUGGCUCUCCUCCAGACACAGGGAAGGGGUGGGGAGGUGUACAUGGCCUAAACUACAGAGCAUGUAUGGCUAUUUUACACUGUGCUGUAACCACACUCACUUCAGUGGGUUUACUCCUGAUUUACAUUGGUAUUAGAGGAGAAUUCAGAUAAUAAAUGGUCCAGAGGCAACAUGGGGGGGGGGGUCAUGCGGGGUCAUGUGCCCCCUUUCCUCCCCCAGCCAUGAUUUGCUGCUUGGCUUGUACUGAGCAUUCUCAGUCACACUGCUGCAACUGGCUGCUCUCGUUCUGCUUUCCCCCUCCCCCCAAGCACAGGUUGUCUCUCAGAUUUGUCUUCAAAUUGAGCUGGUUUCCUUGUUUCAAUGUUUAUUGAAACUAAAUCAGAACACAACAAACAUAUUUAAAAAAUUAGCCAUUCAUGAGCAUGUCUCCAUCUAGUAAAAACAGUAGCAGCUACACUUACAAAACUUUGACUAUUUUAUAUCUGAAUGCUGCUAUAACAGUGAAAAAUUUUAUCACAUCUGCUCUUUGGGAGAAAAGUGAAGAGCAGGGGAAACUUUUCUUUUCCUGCCAGUGAGCAUACAAACCCUGAGUGCUGGUGAAGAUUUUUUUGAUGGAUUCAGCCCAUGUUCAGCCUAUAAGUCAUAGGUUGGCCAUCUGAGAUUUAAAGCAUUUGGAAUACUCAUUAUACUAAUUCUAACAGUCUUCCCUGACAUACCAUGUGCAUUUGGAACCUUAUUUAUAAACAAAGCUAAUUUUGAAAUGUCAAAUUCUCUAACAUAAAUUCAAAUAUUUACAUAGUUUAACAAAUUCCAUUGAUGAUUGUUACUUUUGAGCAAUAGGCAUUUUUCAUAGUAACAUACCAAGCUGAAGGAUAAUUUAGCUUUAAUGUUAUUCACAUGCACUUACUUAGCCCUAGCUGAGGACUAAUUUCCAUAAUACCUGCUGCUGUACCAUUUCCUUAUUCCCUCUUCAUAUUUCGGAGAAAAACAAAAAACUCAAUCUGUUUAAAAAAAAAAGUAAAAAUGUUCUCAGAGGAAGGAGAUGUGCUUCCUGACUACCACAAGGACUCGCUUGUGGCUGCAAAGCUACAGCCCUAUGAUAAGGGGCUGCAGAGACACUCAGUCCUCAUGGGAGCUCCAGGGGACAUAGCACCUGAUUCUCAUUUACACUCAGGCCAUUUUACACCACCCUGAUAAUGAAAAGAAGCCUUAGAGGGUAAGGGCUUGUCUUCAUGUGCAGCACAGCUGCACCAGCGUAGCUGCACUGCUCUAGCGCUUUAGUGAAGACA